AUGGCACAUGAAACGUACUUCUUGAUUUUUUUCUCUGAGAAGCAAACCGUUAUUAAUACCGUCAAUUUAUAUCUUAUACUAAGGUCUACUAGAACCAAUAAACAUCUAUCAUGGUAUCUUCAUCCUAAAGUCAACAAUUUUUCUUUUGCAGGAAUAAUGUGUGCCCAAGUAGAUGUAGACCGCAGAGAACAGACAGUCCUAGUUGGCGAACAUGUCAGCUUCAUGUGUAGAGUGGCAGUGCCUCUACAAUACUGUAGAGUAGAAAUCCCCGGCUUACGAUCCUAUAACUUGAAUCGAGGAAUCUCAAAUUCGGAUGUUUCCUACUAUGGUGAAGGUCUUGACGCAGGCCAAUGCGGUUUCACAAUACACAGAGCCAAAGACGACAACAAUGGUGAAAUUAAGUGUACUCUAGGAAUUGCUAGUGAAGCUCAAGAAUCUGUUGGAACUAUGAGUCUUAUAGUAGCAAGGUCACCAAAACCACCAGAACUGGAUUUAAGUAGAGGAGCUGAUCAGUUGAACGUCUACAAAGUAGAUGAUAGUUUACAAGCUACUUGUAUGGUCAGAGAUGGUAGACCUGUGGCAAAUAUUUCUUGGUAUUUAGAUGAUGAACCAGUUGAUCCAAGUGAACUCAGCAUGCCAACAGUUUUGGAUUUGGCCAAAGAAAAUUUACAAUCAAAAAUACAAAAUUUAACUAGAAGACUUAGAGCUACUGACAAUGGCAAAUUCUUAAGAUGUGUUGGAUAUCAUCCAGCCUAUCCAGGAGGACAGGCUGAGACCAAACGAAGACUGGAUAUUAAGUAUGCUCCUCUGGCCCAAAGGCAACCGAUAGAAGAAUUCGGCUAUGAAGUUGGAAAAACUGGGGUUAUUAACGUAACAUUGGAAGCUAAUCCAAGACCUUCCAUAGAAUGGACCGUUAAUGGACAAAAAAUUAGAGAAGGGAGUCAUGAUAAUACUGGAAUUAUGGAAGCUGAGGUCGCGAGAGAAUUGGGUAAUGGAAAAUACGUAGCCAGUCUUCGGAUAGCAAGGAUAAGCAAGCAAGACACUGAAAAAGACUACAUUUUGACUGCGUACAAUGAUCAAGGCAGUGAGGAGUAUAGAGUGAAAAUUUCAACGAAUCCAGAACCAAAAGGUUACGAAAUUGGUGUAGCAGCCAUAGUAGGAAUAGUAGCAGCAGUCCUGGUACUUCUCCUCGCAAUAUCACUAGUGGUUUUUGCCAAAAUCAAUGGGAGAUGGUGUUUUAGCGGAUCUGACAGCCGGUACAUUGCGGAAUCCAGCGACACCGAAAGUGCUGACGUCCGUCCAAAAGAAACCAAGCGUCGUCUCCCCUCACUCCAAUUAACAUCUUCCUUCUUCAAAAGAAAGCAAGACAAAGUGGGUUCAUCAGAACCUACAGUACGCCACCUUGACCCUGACGAAACUGAUGCUGAAACGAUCACAGCUGAAGAUCAAGCAAAAGAAUCCGAAAAUCAACCAGAAACAGUAGUAGUAGUGAAGGAUAUUGAUAAAGGGUUGGUAUAUGCAGAGUUGGAUUUGGUCAGGUCACAAAAUGCGGAAAUAAUGGUGCCUGUGGUGAAGAAUGACAAUGAGAAGACUGAGUAUGCAGAAAUUGUGUAUACUCCUGCAAAGGACGGGGAUGAAAGUAAAGGAAAUAAGGAGAAAUAAACGAUUACAGAACUUGUACCCAGAACAAAUCGAUAACUAAAUAAUUAUAUUGAUAUUUUUCUGGGAACAAAGCUAGAGACAGAAGAGCGUAAAAUAGAGCUUUGACCUCUCAACAUGGAUAUAUUUUUUUUUGGUACUUACACAGCAAAAAUUAUAUUUAAUACCAAUAUAUUGAAUUUUUCUGAAAGUAUUUUCGCCAUGUGUCUUAUACAUACCUAUUUUAAUAAUUUACAAAAGUUGUGAACGUUUAGCCAUAUUUAAAAAUAAUUAAACACAUAAAACUAUGACUUAUACCAAUUGUGCCUAAGGUAAUAAGCCCUUUUAGGCCUCUAGGAUUUAUUUUAUUUUUUGUACAAAAUAACUUUACCAUCGCGUACCUAUACGUAAUUAUUAGGAAGGACUUUUCUAGUUUUUAAGAAAAUAUCUAUAAAACAAACAUUUUAAGAUGAUAUACUUUUUAAUUAUGUGUUGUUUUUGUAUUCAUUUAUUAGAUCUGAAUGUGUUAAAUGUAAGCACUGCAAUUUUUAAUUCGUCCACUAGUUUGUAAGAGAAAAAACAUAUAUAAAAAUAUCGAUG